AUGAAGUUCGUCCCGUAUCGAGUUCCGACGCCCGAUGUCGACGUGACGGCCCUGGGCAAAGCCCUGGUGGACUACGUCGGGGCUGUGGGAGUCCGCCAGGCCUUCCUCGCCGGGCGCUACAAUACGCUCGACAAGAACAAGGCCGUCCACAGCCCGAGCCUCGUCGACUGCUCCGAGCUGGUGGCCGCUGGUGGGAUGCCAACUGGGCCGAGUUCGAGCGCCGCCUCAGGGAGCGGGAGGCUCGUGCGCAGCAGCAGGCUGAACGGGCCAUGGAGGCGGCGGCCCAGCGCGGCGAAGACCUGCUGGAUGCCUACAUGGAGGUCAUCACCUCCGAGGCGUUCGCAGGCCGCCGCCCCGAGGAGGAGGAGGAGGAGGAGGAGGAGGAGGAGGAGGAGGCGCGGCAGGCGGCGGCGGCGCCGAGGCAGCGGCCGCGGCUCGCGGCACCAAG